CUGCAGCAGCUUCUAGAAGAACAUAAGAAGAGUCUGAGGAGGAGAUGUGAACGUGUGACUGAAGGAAGUGAUGAAGCAGGAGGAGGAAGCCUCCUCAACAGGAUCUACACUGAGCUCCACAUCACAGAGGGACUCAGUGAGGAUCUUCAGAGGGAACCUGAGCUGAAGCAGCUGGAGACAGCUUCCAGGAAGGAGAGCCUCCAUCACACUGCCAUCAGGAAGAAGAGGCCUCAUAACACUGCCAUCAGGGUUCAGGACAUCUUCAAAGCCUCGGCCCAGCAGCUCAGACACAUCCGAGUGGUUCUGACCAGCGGCGUGGCCGGCAGUGGAAAAACCUUCUCGGUGCACAAGUUCAGUCUGGACUGGGCCGAGGGCCUGGAGAACCAGGAUGUCAGUGUGCUGGUGGUGCUCUCCUUCAGGGAGCUGAACCUGCUGGGAGAGCGGCCAUACAGUCUCCUCUCGCUGCUGGCUGUUUUCCAUCCCACGCUACAGAAGCUGACGGCAGAGGAGCUGGCUGUCUGCAAGCUGCUCUUCAUCUUGGACGGCCUGGAUGAAAGCAGACUUUCUCUGGACUUCAGCAGCAGCCAGCGGCUGCUUGACGUCUCCCAGCAGUCUUCAGUCAGCCUGCUGCUCACUAACCUCAUCCGGGGGGAUCUACUGCCCUCGGCUCGGGUCUGGAUCACUUCCCGACCGGCGGCGGCCCAUCAGAUCCCUCCAACAUGUGUGGACAGACUGACAGAAGUGCGAGGCUUCACUGACGCCCAGAAGGAGGAGUACUUCAGGAGGAGGCUGAGUGAUGAGGAGCUGAGCAGCAGAAUCAUCUCCCACAUCCAGACAUCCAGGAGCCUCCACAUCAUGUGUGGAAUCCCAGUCUUCUGCUGGAUCACUGCUACAGUUCUGGAGCACAUGUUGAGCAGCGAGCAGAGAGGAGAGCUGCCCCAGACCCUGACUGACAUGUACUCCCACUUUGUGCUGGUUCAGACACACAGGAAGAAGCUCAAGUACCAUGAAGGACCUGAGACGGGUCCACGGGAGCUGACAGAGGCUGACAGGGAGCUUCUUCUGAAGCUGGGCAGGAUGGCCGUGGAACAUCUGGAGAAAGGAAACAUCCUGUUCUACCAAGAAGACCUGGAGCAGUGUGGUCUGGAUGUGACUGAGGCCUCGCUGUUCUCUGGAAUCUGUACUCAGAUCUUCAAAAGAGAGUCUGUGAUCUUCCAGAAAGCCGUCUACAGCUUCAUUCAUCUGAGUGUUCAGGAGUUUCUGGCUGCAGUCUUCAUGUUCCACUGUUUCACCAGUGGGAAGACAGAAGUACUGAGGGCCUUCAUCGGAGAGGAUGAUAAAAAUAACGAGGAUGACGAGGAAGAUGAGGAUGAUGAUGAAGAUGAUGAUGCUUUCCAAUCUCUCAACAAAUUCUUCAAGAUGGUCCUCCAGAAAUCUCUCAGAAGUCAGAAUGGCCACCUGGACCUGUUUGUCCGCUUCCUUCAUGGCCUCUCUCUGAAAUCCAACCAGAGACUCUUAGAAGGUCUGCUGGGUCGGACAGAGAUCAGUCCAGAAACCAUCCAGAGAGUCAUCCAGAACCUGAAGUGGAUCAACAGUGAUAAAAUGUCUCCUGACAGAAGCAUCAACCUCUUCCACUGUCUGACGGAGAUGAAGGACCUCUCAGUACAUCAGGAGAUCCAAGAGUUCCUGAAGUCAGAGAACAGAUCAGAGAAGGAACUCUCUCAGAUCCACUGCUCAGCUCUGGCCUACAUGCUGCAGAUGUCAGACCAGGUCCUGGAGGAGUUGGACCUGGAGAAGUACAACACAUCAGAGGAGGGACAACGGAGGCUGAUCCCAGCUGUGAGGAAGUGCAGGACAUUUCGAGUUCCUGAAGGAAUAGACUGGAGUUACCUCUCUGAUUCUGAGUGUGAAGUGAUCUCCUCAGCUCUGAAGUCUGACCCCUCCCAUCUGAAACAUCUGGACCUGAGUGAAAACAAACUGGAGGAUUCAUCAGUGGAGAUUCUGUGUUCUGGACUGGAGAGUCCAAACUGUCAACUGGAGACUCUGAGGUUGAGGGGCUGCAGUUUGUCAGAGAUCAGCUGUUCUUCUGUGGUCUCAGCUCUGAAGUCCAACCCCUCCCUCCUGAAACAUCUGGAACAUCUGGACCUGAGUCAGAACCCUCUGCAGGAUUCAGGAGUUGAGCAGCUGUGUGGUUUUCUGCAGAGUCCACUCUGUCGUCUGCAGACUCUGAGGUUGGUGGACUGCAAGAUGUCAGAGAUCAGCUGUUCUUCUGUGGUCUCAGCUCUGAAGUCCAACCCCUCCCUCCUGAAACAUCUGGAACAUCUGGACCUGAGUCAGAACCCUCUGCAGGAUUCAGCAGUUGAGCAGCUGUGUGGUUUUCUGCAGGGUCCACUCUGUCGUCUGCAGACUCUGAGGUUGGUGGACUGCAAGAUGUCAGAGAGCAGCUGGUCUUCUGUGGCCUCAGCUCUGAAGUCCAACCCCUCCCUCCUGAAACAUCUGGAACAUCUGGACCUGAGUCAGAACCCUCUGCAGGAUUCAGCAGUUGAGCAGCUGUGUGGUUUUCUGCAGAGUCCACUCUGUCGUCUGCAGACGCUGGAGUUGAGGGACUGCAGUUUGUCAGAGAUCAGCUGUUCUUCUCUGGUCUCAGCUCUGAAGUCCAACCCCUCCGUCCUGAAACAUCUGGACCUGAGUAGGAACCCUCUGCAGGAUUCAGCAGUUUCUCAGCUGUGUGGUUUUCUGCAGAGUCCACUCUGUCGUCUGCAGACUCUGAGGUUGAUAGACUGCCACUUGUCAGAGAUCAGCUGUUCUUCUGUGGCCUCAGCUCUGAAGUCCAACCCCUCCCUCCUGAAACAUCUGGAACAUCUGGACCUGAGUAGGAACCCUCUGCAGGAUUCAGGAGUUGAGCAGCUGUGUGGUUUUCUGCAGAGUCCACUCUGUCGUCUGCAGACUCUGAGGUUGCAGGACUGCAGUUUGUCAGAGAUCAGCUGUUCUUCUGUGGCCUCAGCUCUGAAGUCCAACCCCUCCCUCCUGAAACAUCUGGAACAUCUGGACCUGAGUAGGAACCCUCUGCAGGAUUCAGGAGUUGAGCAGCUGUGUGGUUUUCUGGAGAGUCCACUCUGUGGUCUGCAGACUCUGAGGUUGUUUAACUGCAGUUUGUCAAAGAUCAGCUGUUCUUCUCUGGCCUCAGCUCUGAAGUCCAACCCCUCCCACCUGAAGGAGCUCAACCUGUGGUCCAACCAGCUGAAGGAUCCAGAUGUGCAGCAGCUGGUUGAUCUCCAGCAGAGUCCAGACUGCAGCCUGCAGACUCUGGGGUGGGACUGAGAGCAGAGCUUCAUCCAGCAGUGAGCGACAGAGGAACCAGCAGAAGAUCUGCAGUGUGAAGAGCUGUGAGAGUCCAGCAUCGAACCAGGGUUCCUCUGGAUGUGACUCACUGGUUAACAGGAGAGUUCCAUGUUAAAACGGUUGCUGAUCUGUUCCAGACAAAGACAGAUGGUGUUUGACUCCAUGAAUCAGUUUAUAAAAAUGACAGACUUCAGAGCUUUGCUUCAGUAACAGUGAAGCUCCUUUUUGACCAAAUCAAAUGAUUCCUGGAUUCCAUCAGUGGAUCCUGAACACUGUGUCUACAUAUCCAGGUCUGGAGUCAAGAAGUCAAGUCUGCUUCAGAGAAUCUGCCUGGGAUUGGAAAAUGGUUUGUUUGCAGAAUUUAAAUCAAGUUGAUGAACAAAAAGAAAAAAUGUUCUGCAGCUUCAGUCCUUUGAAGUCAGUCCGUUUUGUGUCGUGUGUAGAGAAACUUUCCUGAUGUGUCAGAGGUCAGUGGACUGGUGGAAACAUGGAGCUGCAGACGUCCUCUGGGUUCAAUAUUCGUGUGUGUGUGUGUGUGUGUGUGUGUGUGUGUGUGUGUGUGUGUGUGUGUGUGUGUGUGUGUGUGUGUGUGUGUGUGUGUGUGUGUGUGUUCCAAUGUGAGGAAUUAUUUCCUCCUCUUCUGAUAAUGGAGGUGGAUGAAUUAUUUCUUUGUGUCUUGACAACAUGAAACUUUUUAACUGCAAAUAUUUGAAAAAAAAAAAUGUUUUUCUUGUUAGUUGUUAUUUCUGACAUAAAGACUGAA